GUGGAGGCCAAGACGAGAGAGAGAGAGAGCGAAAGAGAGAUGACAAAAGCAAGCAACUUCCUGUCACCUUCGACUCUUGUUUUACCAUCGCAGCACUCACCAGAGGAAGCGUGCAGUGAACACACACACACACACACACACACACACAGAGUUCUCCCCAAGAGACCUCACCUAACACACAAUCACAUAUUUACAGACACACACACACACGCCUUUGGGAGGUAGAAUGGCCGCCAACAGACCCUCUUCUGAAAGCUCGGACUCCGUAAUCUCAACAGCCUUCUCCUCCAUGUCUGUGGGUUCCGGGUCCGGUUCUGGUUCUGGUUCUGGUUCCGGGUCCGGGUCUAGUUCCGGUUCUGGCCUGGCCGUGGUCCAGUUCCAGCUGGGCCUGCUAAAGGAGGUGGUCCAGGCGUCGUCAAGGAGACUCAGCUUCCGCUCGGCCAAGAGGCUCGCUGCUGAGAUCAUUGAGAGAAAGGCUCCAGAGGUGAGUGUGAUUGGUCUGGGGGAGAAACUGCUGCUGUUUCGCCAUGAGCCUGGCUAUGACAACUUCCUGCGGAAACUCACAGAACAGGACACACUGCAGGACGGGGACCUGGUGGAGGUGGUACUCGCAGCCUCAGCCUCGGCAACACCAAUUAGAUUCCGCCCUCAUUCGCUGGUGGUCCAAUCAUAUCGCACCCCUACCUUUUGUCAUCACUGUGGAGAGAUGCUCUGGGGCCUGGUUAGGCAAGGGUUAAAAUGUGAAGGUUGUUAUCUGGACUUCCAUAAGCGCUGUGCUCUCCACCUGCCCAGUGACUGCAGUGGUUUGUCUCGGCGCUGCAGGUCCAGUUUGUCUCUGUUCCCACCGGGGCGGCCCCGCCUGCCGUCCCUCUCCACACAGGCAGGGGGCAGUCUAGAGGAGAUCAGCAUGACGAAGCCCAGCAGCUCCCGGUCUCAGAGCAGCUCCCGGUCUCAGAGCAGCUGUUGGGUGCGGCGCACGGCGGCGUGGGGGAGCGGGGUGCAGUUGCCCCACACCUUCCACGUGCACAGCUACACGCGCCCCACCGUCUGCCAGUACUGCCACAGGCUGCUCAAGGGCCUCUUCAGACAGGGCCUGCAGUGCACUGACUGCAGGUUUAAUUGUCAUCGGCGAUGUGCACCGCUUGUUCCAAACGACUGUCUAGGAGAGGCAAGGGUCCUCAACGGAGCGGACAGAGAAUCAGCGCUGGGUGUGAACAGAGACAUGGAUAUAGACCAGGAGGCCAGCGUGGAGUCUGUCAAUGAUCUCUACGAGUCGUUCCAUCCCCCCAGCACUCGCAGUAACCUGCCCCAACCAGAGGGGGCGCCCUCGUGCCCACAGAUCGGUCCCUGUUUCAGCAGUAAUAUCCCGCUCAUGCGAGUAGUUCAGUCUGUCAGACACACUAAGAGAACAGCCAGUGGAGUCCUGCGCAAAGGCUGGCUGCUGCACUAUACCAACACAGACUCACUGAGGAAACGGCAUUAUUGGGUCCUGGAUAGCAAGAGCAUCACCCUGUUCCAAACUGAAUUUGGGAAUAAGUAUUAUAAGGAGAUCUCUCUGUCUGCGGUGCUGCAGGUCCGAGGGCCAGGGCAGCUGGGUGAAGGGGGGCAUGAAGGCGGGCAUGAAGGCGGACAUGAAGGAGGGCAUGAAGGCGGGCAUGAAGGCGGGCACGAAGGCGGGCACGAAGGCGGGCAUGAAGGCGGGUAUUCCUUCGAGCUGCAGACGGGCACGGUGGUGUACUGUGUGCUGGCGGGUGAGGGAGAGGAGGGCAGUGACUGGGAGACUGCCAUACGCCAGGCAAUGAUGCCCGUACAGGGCAGUGGGCCCAGGAGAGCGGGCAAUGCUGUUGGCAUGCAGCAAGGGGAGACCAAGGACAUCAGCUCUGUCUAUCAGAUCUUCUCGGAGGAGGUGUUAGGUUCCGGCCAGUUUGGAAUUGUCUACGGAGGUACACACAGGCAGUCGGGCCGACCCGUGGCAAUCAAAGUGAUCGAUAAAACACGCUUCCCCACCAACCUAGAGAGGCAGAUGAGGAAUGAAGAGGCCAUCUUACAGAACCUGUCCCAUUUGGGGGUUGUCUUGCUGGAGGGUGUCUACGAGACGUCGGAGCUGGUCUUCGUCGUCAUGGAGAAGCUCCAUAGCGACAUGCUGGAGAUGAUCCUGUCCCAUGAGAACGGCAGCCUGCCGGAGCGGACCACCCGCUUCCUGGUCACGCAAAUUCUGGAGGCCCUCCGGUACCUGCACUUUAAGCACAUUGCUCACUGUGACCUGAAGCCUGAGAAUGUGCUACUGGCUUCCCCUGAGCCUUUCCCUCAGGUGAAGUUGUGUGACUUCGGCUUCGCGCGCAUCAUCGGCGAGAAGUCGUUCCGGCGGUCGGUGGUGGGCACGCCGGCGUACCUGGCGCCCGAGGUGAUAAGCAGCAGCGGGUACAACCGUUCGCUGGACAUGUGGGCGGUGGGGGUCAUCCUCUACGUGAGCCUCAGCGGCACCUUCCCCUUCAACGAGGACGAGGACAUCAGCCAGCAGAUCACCAACGCCACCUUCAUGUACCCUAGGCAGCCCUGGGCACUCAUAUCACUGGAAGCUGUGAGUCUCAUCAAGAACCUGCUGCAGGUGGUGGUGAGGCACAGACUCAGUGUGGGGAAAGCACUGGGACACCCCUGGCUGCAGAACUUUCAGCUAUGGUGUGACCUGCGCGAGUUUGAGCAACGCAUCGGCCGUAGGUACCUCACGCACGCGGAAGAAGAUGAACGCUGGCGACGACACGCGGAGGAAAAAGGACUCGACUUUCCCUCGCACCUUACCACGGCUCACGAGGAAGACGACAGCAGCUGACACGACUCACAACAUGAACAAAACUAAUUUCAAACUUGGUUUUCAGUCCUUUGUAACCGUGGACACAAUGGACUUAACAAUUUCCGUGUGCUAUAUAUAUUACGAUGACGUUUAUAUACUGACUUCAGCAAUAAAUAAAAUUGAAACGCU